UUCUAACGCCCUUUUUCUUUUCUUUUUUUCCCCUCUCUUUCUCCGUGACGUUUGUUUUCUCUCGUUGCUGUGUUUGUUUUCUGGGAAAGAGAGAGAAAAUGUAGAGUUUCUCAUUGUGGACUCGUGGAAGCAAUGUUGGAAUUGUUUUUUUAUGGAGAACUUGGAGCUCAUAAGCUCUUCUCUGCUUUGUUCUCCUCGGUUUUUUUUAAAAAACAAAUUUUCUAUUAGCAAAAAGCUUUCUCUCUUCUAAUUUUCCCGGAAUAUCCUGCUAAGAUUCUACUUUGUCAUCAAGUUUCUUCAUUUGGGUCUGUGUAAAUUUGAUUGAUUUGCUUCUACUGUUUUCUUCUUCUUCUUCUUCUUCUUUUUUAAAUGGGACAAGCUGAGGAUAUUGGAAGCAGAGACCUCCAACAAAUUUCCAUGCAAAUGAGCAAUCUUCCGAGAGAUCUGUCGCAGAGACUUUUAUCAGGGAAUCAUUUUCCUCGAAAAUUCGAAGAACAAAACGAACAUACAGAGGAGCUUGAGCUAAGCCUGGGGCUCUCAUUGAAUGGCCGGUUUGGUGUAGACCCUUUAAGAGCCCAGCACCUCAUAAGGUCGUCCUCGAUACCAGACUUUGCGAACCCGGGGAGAGACAAAGACGCGGCGUGUGUGGUACCUAUGGCUUGCGCGCCGCUCAUAAGGACGUGUUCUUUGCCUACGGAGACAGAGGAGUGGAGGAAGAGGAAGGAGUUGCAGACACUGAGGAGAAUGGAGGCGAAGCGGAAGCGGUCAGAGAAGCAGAGGAAUUCCAAGGCAGGGAGGGAUCGGAACCGGGAUAUUUGUGUGGAGGAGAGCUUUGAGGAGGAUAUGAUGGUGGAGAGUGGUGAUGGGAAUUCUCAGAAAGCGCAGUGUGUGAAAGUAUUGAAUGAGUUUUCGUGCUCGGUGGGGCUGACUCGGGGCGUUUCUGGUGGUAGAGGAGGUUGUGGGGUUGAAUUGAAUGGUGGAAAGGGGAAUGGGUUGGAUUGUUGUGAUCUGGAGGAGGUGCCACAACCGCCACCAUUAUCACAGGGGUCAAUUGGUUCCCAAGGGAGUGGGUCUUCUGUGAUUUCGGAAUCUGAUAGCCAACCAGCUCUAGCAAGAAUGAACAAAUGCGUAGAAGCAAGAAGCCCCAGCAGUGCUCAGUCUUCACCAGAAAGUGAGCAGAAACCAGGAGUCUACACUGGGACGAGGAUCAAUGGAAAAUCAAACAAGUUUGCUGCAGUGGUGACACAGAAUCAGUCUAAUAAACCUACGGAUGCUGACAAGGAAGCUAAGGAUAUUGUGAGGAAUGUGUUGGAAGGUAUGCCCAGCGUGUCCACGAGGGGCGACGGCCCCAAUGGAAAAAGGAUAGAAGGUUUUCUUUACAGAUAUAGGAAGGGUGAGGAAGUGAGGAUAGUUUGUGUUUGUCAUGGCAACUUUCUAUCUCCUGCCGAGUUUGUCAAGCAUGCUGGCGGCGGUGAUGUGGCACACCCCCUAAAACAUAUAGUAGUUAACCCAACUCCCUUUUUGUAACGCAAGUGUCUAUGUCAGAAAGAGAGAAAAAAAAAAAAGAAAAAAAAAGGAUUGUUUUUCUCUUCCAUGUUUUUUAGUUUUCGAGUUUUCUUGCGUUCUAAUCGACUGGGCAGCGUAUUGUAUUCAGUACAUGAACCUGCUCGUUCAAAAGAUGAAAAUGAUUAUGGAACAUAUGAAUUUCGUCUGUAUUUUAUUAAGAGAAAUCUGUUGCUUUU